GACUGAAAACAGUGAAAUAUCAGAUUGUGCUGACGAGCUACAGUUGCUCCAAGACAUUUUUAUUUCAUUUAGCAAUUGAAAAAGGAUAAAAAAAAUAGUGAAGGAUGUCGGACUUGUUUAGCUCGUCCUCUUUUGAUGAGGCCCCAAAGACCCAGAAACCAGGAUCGGUGGACGCAGAGCUGGAGAAUUUCUUGGCAGUCGAGAAACAAAAGGCCCAACUCACAGCUCAGAUAAAUGAAUUCAAUGACUUCUGCUGGGACAAAUGCGUGGACAAACCCGGGGCUAAGCUAGACGCAAAGACUGAAACUUGUUUAAAUAAUUGUGUCGACAGAUUCAUCGAUGUCUCUUUAUUAAUCACAAACAGAUUCGCCCAGAUAUUGCAAAAAUCAGCUGGUGGAAUGUGAUGCGUAAAACGAGAGAUACAAAAUUAUAGUAAAUAUUUUUUUUAUUUACCACCAGUUCCAAAGAGGAGAAUAUAUCAAUUCGAUUUGGGUGUUGGAUUCAUUUCAGUUUGUGAAAAUAAUAAAGAAUAAUUUAAAAGUGUAA